AGUAUUACUUACAGAGGGAGGAGGAGGAGGAGGAGGGGGAGCUCUGUUUGUCUUUACCAACGCAUGGCGGCCACAGUAGUCAGCUGUUAGAGCAGGGAGGAGCUGCCUCUGGUUCUGCUGGAUGACUCACUCUGUCAACCCAAGGCACACUCAUUCACUCUUUCACACACACAUACACGCAUACGAACACGCGCGCACACGCACGCACAGUCACGCGCAGGCACGUUUGGUUGAGGGGGGGGCGCGUGCUGCAGCUGAAGAGGGGCUCCUAAUCAAAGCGCAUCAGGGCCGUUCAUUCUCCACUGGAGGGCGAGUGGUACAAGAGCACCGGGACACUCCGGCAGCGGCAGGGAGACCGAGCAGACAGUCGGAGGGAGACGGGAUAGAGCAGCAGCUGGAAGAACACAGACAGGCAGGCAGCCACACACAGAGACACAGAAAAUCCCCACCCGGACUCUGCACAGCAUCAUUUCUUUUUCCGGCGUCGGAUUAAACCCGUGCCCGUCUCCAGCACCGAAAUCACGCCAAGACAUGAGCUUCUCCCACUGAACGUUAUUGAUGCUGAACUGAGUGGUCCAGUGCUGUCCUCCAGUGUUUCCCCUCCCCUCGAUUUUCUGUCCCUCUGUCUGCCACCUGGUUUGUGAGCAGCCAUGACGAAGUCCUACGAGUUCAACUGGCAGAAGCACCUGCCGGAGUUCAUGCAGGAAGGCGCCUCCUUUGACCGGUUUGAUGAGGACCCGUACAUCUUUGAGCCCAACUGUCAGAUGAAGGUGGAUGAGUAUGGCUUUUUCAUCUGCUGGAAGAGUGAGGGAAAGGAGGGCCAGGUUCUCGAGUGUUCCCUCAUCAACAGUAUUCGUGUCGGUGCUGUCCCAAAGGACCCAAAGAUCUUGUCGUCGUUCGAGGCCAUUGGGAAGACGGAGGCAGACUUGGAGGGCUGCAUCAUCUGCAUCUGCAGCGGCACAGACCUGGUCAACCUCAACUUCAUGUUCAUGGUGGCGGAGAGCCCAGACAUAGCCAGGAAGUGGAUCGAGGGUUUGAGGUCAGUGAUUCACAACUUUAAGGCCAACAACGUCUGUCCAAUGACCUGCCUCAAGAAACAUUGGAUGAGAAUGUGCUUCCUGACCAAUGUGAAUGGGAAGAUUCCUGUGAGAGGCAUUACUCGAACAUUCGCGUCAGGAAAGACAGAGAAGGGGAUCUUUCAGGCUCUAAAGGAUCUUGGCCUUCCCAGUGGAAAGAACGAUGAGAUUGAACAUGCAGAUUUCACCUUUGACAUUUUCUACGCUCUCACACAGAAGAUCUGCCCUCGCACAGACAUCGAGGAACUCUUCAAGAAGAUCAAUGGGAACAAAAGUGAUUAUUUAACUGUAGACCAGUUAGUCAGCUUUCUGAAUGAAAACCAGCGUGACCCUCGGUUAAACGAGAUCCUGUUCCCGUUCUACGACCCCAAGAGAGCCAUGCAGAUCAUCGAGAAGUACGAGAGAGACGACGAGCUGAAGAAAAAAGGUUUAAUGUCCAGUGACGGUUUCUGCCGGUACCUGAUGUCAGAUGAAAAUGCUCCAGUUUUCUUGGACCGGCUGGAGCUGUACCAGGAAAUGGACCAGCCGCUGGCCCACUACUUCAUCAGCUCCUCCCACAACACGUACCUGACAGGGCGACAGUUCGGAGGGAAGUCUUCUGUAGAGAUGUACCGCCAGGUCCUGCUGUCUGGAUGCAGAUGUGUGGAGCUGGACUGCUGGGAUGGAAAAGGAGAGGACCAGGAGCCCAUUAUCACUCAUGGCAAGGCCAUGUGCACAGACAUCCUGUUCAAGGAUGUUGUCCAAGCCAUCAAGGAGACAGCAUUUGUGACCUCAGAGUACCCUGUUAUUUUGUCCUUUGAAAACCAUUGCAGUAAACCGCAGCAGUACAAGAUGGCCAAGUAUUGUGAGGAGAUCUUUGGUGACUUCCUCCUCAAACAGCCUCUGGAAAACUUCCCUAUUGAAUCUGCGCGCCCGUUACCCUCUCCAAAUGACCUCAAACGCAAAAUCCUCAUCAAAAACAAACGCUUGAAACCUGAAGUUGAACAGAAACAGCUAGAGGCUUUUAAGAAACACAUGGAGGCAGGAGAGACCAACACCCCCGCCAUCAUCAUGGGAGAAGAGAAUGAAGAGGACGCAGAGAACGGAGAAAAGGAUGGUGAGGAUAAGGAUUUGAAUUCAGAAACACCCAGCAGUCUGUCAGAGUCGACCACUGAGAAAGAGCCCAACAGUGUGUCCCAGAAUAACACUGUCAGCUCGACGAAGGAGGAGGAACGCAGCAACAGUAUCAAGAAGGUGCCUGACGAUGAAGCGACAGAGAUAUCUGAAGCCACAGAAGCAACAGACGCCACAGACAUCUCAGAGGCCUCUGACCAAGACAAUAACAAGAAGGGUGGAGAAGAGGCGGAGGACUCUGAAGAGGCUCUGAUAGCUCAGUACACCUACGUAGGAGCCACCACGAACAUCCACCCAUAUCUGUCAGCCAUGGUCAACUACGCACAGCCCGUCAAGUUCCAGAGUUUUGAAGUGGCAGAGGAGAGAAACAUCCACCAUAACAUGUCAUCUUUUAACGAGUCUGUCGGUCUGGGCUAUCUGAAGACCAACGCCAUUGAGUUUGUCAACUACAACAAGCGUCAGAUGAGCCGUAUCUACCCCAAAGGAGGCCGGGUGGACUCCAGUAAUUACAUGCCUCAGAUCUUCUGGAACGCGGGCUGCCAGAUGGUCUCACUCAACUUCCAGACCCCAGAUCUGGCCAUGCAGUUGAACCAGGGAAAGUACGAGUACAACGGCUCCUGCGGGUACCUGCUGAAGCCCGACUUCAUGCGGCGGUCAGACAGGAUGUUUGACCCUUUCUCAGAGACGCCGGUGGAUGGUGUCAUCGCUGCAACCUGCAGUGUACAGGUGUUCUCUGGACAGUUCCUGUCAGACAAGAAAAUCGGCACGUACGUUGAGGUCGACAUGUACGGUCUGCCAACAGACACCAUCCGCAAGGAGUUCCGCACACGCAUGGUGAUGAACAACGGACUGAACCCAGCCUACAACGAGGAGCCCUUCGUCUUCAGAAAGGUGAUCUUACCGGAUCUGGCGGUACUGCGCAUCGCCGUCUACGACGACAACAACAAGCUGAUUGGCCAGCGCAUCCUGCCUCUGGACGGCCUGCAGGCUGGCUACCGUCACAUCUCGCUGAGGAACGAGGGCAACAAGCCCCUGUCAUUGCCCACCAUCUUCUGCCAAAUCAUCCUCAAGACCUACGUGCCCGACGGCUUCGGAGCAAUUGUGGAUGCCCUAUCGGACCCAAAGAAGUUCUUGACCAUAGCAGAAAAAAGAGCUGACCAGAUGAAGGCGUUGGGGAUCGACACGAACGACAUAGCAGAUGUUCCAAGUGGAAGCUCAAAGAAUGACAAGAAGGGAAAGGGUAAAGGAGACACUGUGAAGGCCAGUGUGACACCCCAGGCCAGCUCAGACAUGGCUCAGACCUCCAACUCCGCCCAAAACAACACAGCAGAAACCAAGAAAGAUACUGCACUCGUGCCUAAUGUCAGCAUUGAAGACUUAAAACAAAUGAAGACGUACCUUAAACUGAUUAAAAAGCAACAGAAGGAGCUCAACACUUUAAAGAAGAAACACUCAAAGGAUCAGAAUACAAUGCAGAAAGCCCACUGCUCCCAGGUGGACAAGAUGGUGUCUCAGCAUGAUAAAGAGAAGACAACUCUGGAGAAACUACUAGAGAAAGCCAUCAAGAAACGAGGGGAAAACAACUGCCAAGAGCUGAAGAAGGAGACAGAGGAUAAGAUCCAAACACUGAUCGCCGAUCACAAAGUCAAGGUAAAGGACAUUACAGCGCAGCACACUAAAGAGUGGUCGGAGCUGAUCAGUAGUCACAGCAGCGAGGAGCAGGAGAUGAAGGACAGCCACGUCACACAGCAGUGCGAACACCUCAAGAAACUCCUGGCCACCGUCCAGGAGCAGCAGACCAUGCAGCUCAAACUCAUCCAUGAACGGCAGAGCAAAGAGAUGCGGGCCAACCAGGCCAAGAUGUCCAUGGAAAACAGUAAAGCCAUCAGCCAGGACAAGUCCAUAAAAAACAAGGCAGAGAGAGAGAGGAGAGUGCGAGAGUUAAACAGCAGCAACACCAAGAAGUUCCUGGAUGAGAGGAAGAGGCUGGCCAUGAAGCAUCAGAAGGAGAUGGAGCAGCUAGAGAAAAACCAGAGAGAACAGUUAGAGAAACUGGAGAAGUUCAAUGAGCAGCUUUUGAAAUCACACCAUGCAAACAAACAGGUUCAAGGCCAAGGACAUGCAGCAGAUGGUGAAGUUGGAGGAGGAGAUGGACCGCAGACCUGCCACGGUGGUGUGAGCGACUGAGACCGAGACACAAGCACACACAUACACGUACACUUAUAUACACACACAUGCAGGUGCAGAAACACUCCACCGCGGAUACCCCCUCUACAACCCAGAGACAUUAACACCCACCUACGUCACUGUCUUUACUUCUCCAUCAUGUCUGUUCACACAAACACAGUCGCCCUCCCCACCACUUAGUUUCUGCAUCCUUACCCCACCCACUAAUUUUAUACCACUGAGCCAUUGGUGCUUAUCACUGUCUGACAGGGGGUUUAACCACUUAUCGAGAGAGGAGAUGAGGCAACACAGAAUCAAACGUAUCCCCUCCUCCACCGUACGUACGUCUAAAUUUUCUAUCACCUUCUUUGUAUCCUACGGGCAACACAAGCUGCAGCUACUGGUGGACACACACAACACAUGCACAGACACAUUCACUUACGAGAGGGAGGUGGAUAUCCGUUCCCUUUUUGACUUUUUUAUUUUACUUUCUUUCUUUAAAAAAAAAAAAAAAAAAUCGGUACCUGAUUAACUGCUCCAGAAACAGCUUGGACGAGGAGAGAAGAAUAUGUUUAAGAUUUAAUGUCAUUUCAGCACAAAUGAAUAAACUUUGUGAAAUACACUGUACGCUACACACCAGUCCUGUCCUGAGCACUUUGUAUGUGAUAGGCCAUCAUAACAAUGUGGAAAAUGUAGCAGUGCACUACUGUAGGUUUUCUGUAUUUCAGUAAGAAUGUAUUUAAAAAAAAAAAAAUAAAUCACUGUAUGAAGGAGUGGCAGACCUCCGUGUCACCUACACCUACAAUGCAAGUUGUGUGACUUCACAAAAAUGUAUUACUGACUUUGUUUUGUUCAACAAUGUUACAGCCAACUAUAAAAAGGCUUUCUAUCUGGAGUCUGAAAACUAUAAAGGGAUCACGAUGGACAGACGCUCACUUUGAAUACGGCCAAUUUCCCAGUCCAAUUUUUUUUUAAUGACCCAAGAGAUUGUGAAACUGCUGUGCUCAACUUUUACUUGAAAGUAACUUUACAAUUGUGCCCAAUCAUCAUAAGUUUACACCUGCAAAACUCAGCGUUAUAUACUCCUAAUUUUGGGCUGAAGUUCAUGUAUACUAUGCAAAAAAUGAACACAUGAUUCCCUCAAAGUUUAAAGUGUACAAAAAAUGAUCAAUCAGGAAGGCCACCAAAGUAAGAAUAGGUGAAAAUAUUACAAGGUAAUAGUAACUAAAAUGUGGUUGCUUUUUUAGCCUUUAAUGUAGUGACAAAAUUGUUGGAUCACUACAAACCAAGGCAAUGACAUUAGUUACAACACUGAAUUGAAAAUGUGACUCUAUAAUAAAGGGGAUAUCUAUCAGUAAAUAAAGGGUUAAGCAGGAUUAAAUGGGUGUUUGAAUCGAAGGAAUACUUCAUCCCCACAAUGAUCAUUUGUAUGUCAUUUACUCACCUUGUGUUACCGAAUUUAUGAAGACAACUUGCAUGACUCUGGUGAACGAAUCCAAAAGCUAGAUAGUUUUGCUGUUAUAUACAGACUUCCAUGACUUUAAUUCUUCAAGAGAUUUUGGAUUCUUUGUUCACUGUGGAGAAGAGCUGCAACAAUAUUGAUUAGUUGUUACUAUGAAAAUAAUUAGCAACUAAUUUUACAAUUAAUCUGUGUGAGUCAUUUUUAAGAAAACCAAAGUCCAAAUUCUCUGACUCUAGCUUCUUAAUUGUGAAUAUUUUCUUGUUUCUUUUUUCUUCAGACAGUUAACUAAAUAUCUUUGGAUUGUGAACAAAACACACGUAUGAGGACAUCAUCUCAUGCCAGUCUUCUCGAGCUCAACAUAACACAGGUUGAGUCACUGAUAUAGAAACUGUCAUUUGGGCGGUGAAGUAUUCCUUGAAAGAGUUUUGCACUUGAAACUCUUGUGAAAUUGUGCCAAAUCUGUAAUACACUGGUACCAAAAUGAGUCCAUUCAUGGCAGCACAAUCAUUCUGCUGUAAUACACUGUGUUAAUUGACCAGCCCAUUAACAUCAGACAAGAACUUUGGCUGACAGAAGUCACAGCCACCUCGUCUCGUCCACUCGCUGCUGAAGUGAAGUGCUCCCUUAAUAGCUUCUCGACUGCACGUAAGCAACCUCAGCUUGUAAUCCUCAUCAUUUCCCUGCUCGCCCUCGGUCAGGGGACUGAAUAAUUAUAACAGAUUUGUAACAAAGCCUGUGACAUGGCUGCAACACACUUUCCACGCCAGGGAUUUCAGACUAUGCCUGUUACCCCUCAACAGGUUCCCUCUUACUUUUAUGGGACUGCUGAUUGCUUGAGGAGGCACUACUGUCCGCAGCCCUGGUGACACUGCAGGACAAAAAGCCACUGCAGAGAAAGAAAUGUGACGUUAAGGAUAUAGUGUGUGAGAUUUAGGGGGAAUUAAAUGGCAUUUAGCAGUGAGGAUUGUAGAUUGCAACCAGGUGAAACCUCACCCAGUCAGAAUUCCUUGUUCAGGAGGUUUUUCCUGGGAGCUGAAUUAUCCGCAGAGGUCUCUUUCUCUCCGAAACAAACAGACCAGGGGUCUCAUUUAUAAAACAAUGCAUAGGAUCCAUACUAAAAAUAUACGUACAAACAAAAGUCAAAAAUGGUGUACGCCAAAAAAUAUCUGACAGUUGCUACAAUCAGGCUUCAACCUCACCAUCUGCAUCGCCAAUAUCCUGUCUCCAAAAUGUUUGUAAGCACAGGUCAAAGUUUCUCCCAUCAAGUCUGUUUUUUAAGAUCGAAACUUUUGCUCGGGAAGUGGCGUACACCUCUUUCAGGCCUCGUUUUGGGCGUAUGCAGUGUUUGUAAAUGAGACCCCUGGUGAUUUAAACCAGUAAAAACACUUAAUAAAAUAGCUCCACGUUAAAAAAUGAGUGUUUCUCCGACACUUUUCCACUCAUAGAGGGGCUCCCAACUACACUGGCCAACGCAAAAAGAUCCAGAUGUUCAGGAAGUUUUUACUCGGAGCCGAAAUUACCCACAGGGGUCUCGUCUGCUCCAAACCAAACAGACCAGCUGAUUUAAACUGGUAAAACACUGAAUCAAACAGUUCACAUUAGAAAUCAGUGUUUCUCUGACAAUCUCUACAGUGGCCAACACAAAAAAUGUCCCUAUCUGGACCCGAGUUUGGUUUGUCCAUUCUGGGCUACUGUAGAAACAUGACAAUGCAACAUGGCGAUAUACAUAGACAAGGAUCCGCUCCCUAUGUAGAUUCAAACAGCUGAUUCUAUGGUAAUGAAAACACAACAAUUCUUAUUUUCAGGUGAUUAUACACUAAAGAAAACAUACUUGUUAUAUUUUACUCAAUUUCUGCCAAGAUAUCCCCCUAAAUCCUGCACGCUGGACCUUUGAGCAUAACUAGGAAGUAAUCCUGUAGGUGCUCGUGCUCAUGUGAUCAUGCCAGGCAUUCACACUGCAUGGCACACCACUAACAAAGAUCGGCCAGAAGUCGUAAUAAUAAUAUUAAUAAUAUUGAUAUGAAAACACACAAAGAUGGGGAUAAAAGCACCUCGAGGUAUUCUGGCCUUUUUUAAGAUUUGUUUUUCUGUAUUAUUCUGCUGUACCACGCGUAAAAGGGUAGACGGGAUGUUCUUGUAUAUACUGGAAUGUAUGUAGUUUAAUUUACUUUUUGACCAAUUGUGUUCUGCCAUACAAGGGCUCAGGGGAAAGAGUGGGUCUGUUGGAUGUUGGGGAAAGACAUUUAUCAACCACUGGGUUUUCUUGUUUGUUCUUUUCUUUUUGUUUUGUUUUUUGGUCUCUGUUUUCCAGUCUGCCCUUAAUGCACCACACGACACAGUAUAAAGCUCUCACCACAUAUCUAGUGCAGAGAUAAAUGAGUAAAAAAGUGCUUUUAAAUUUUAUUCCAUCGCUUUCAAAUGUGCCACUCAGUGUCUGUUAGGAUGGUAAAUUAUUUUAUGAAUGAUAAAAUGCCAAAUUAAGGGGUUAUUUAUAUGAAGAUAUAUAUAAAUAAAUGAAUAUAUAUAUAUUAUAUAUAUUAGAUAUAAUGUGUAGUUUAAGAUUAUUAUGUUUGUUAGAGGCUUUUUUGCACUAGUCGAAUGUUUCUGUUGUGUGAUUACAUGUAACCUUUGGCUCUCUAGUUUGUCAAAAGAAAAGGAAAAAAAAAAAGAAGCCGAUUAUUUUUGCAGAGCAAGUCACCGAUUUGAUUUCCUCCGUUUCUACUGUAUCUCCUCUUUGUUUUCUAUUUGAACUGUAGCUUGUCAACAAACCAUUCUGUGCGUGUUUUUGUAUUUAUAUUGUAUUGUUGAACUUAAAGCAAUGAAAAUACUGUUGUGAUCCAGCUCCUUUAAUACUGUUUUAUAGUAUGUGUACCAAUAAAUCCAGGUGUAAAAUGGGACAUAA